GCAAAUACUUCUAAAUGAAUUGGCCAAAUCCAGAUGGGGUUCCCUGCUGCUGCAUGUCUGCCAGUUGUGAUAUCAACACACUAUGAGGUCUCUCUGCACCUACUCACAAGAUUUUCUUCCUCAUGUUUAGUCUUUACUACUGAGACAUAAAUGGAGCAUCAUUGUAUUAAUUAUAAGGGCAAGGAAGGGGCAGUCAAAGAUGAGUCAAAGUUUGGUCUUGGGAUUUGUGCAGAUGUGAGACCAGUUAUUAGUGUAAAUCAGUUGCAGGAACUGCAUCAACAAGUUGUUAUCUUUAACUACAUAGCUUCUGGAGUUGAUAUACCAUCUAAGCUUGUUGGUCCUAUUUGGAAGAGGGUUGCUAGCUCAGUUCUUGGCUCUGUAGGUAGUGGAAUUUCCAGUAGUUUCUCAAGCUAUAUCCGUCCUCGGGGAAUCACUUAUAAGAGCCUGAUGGAUCCUGAACCUGGGAGAUGUAGAAGAACUGAUGGCAAUAAGUGGAGGUGCCGUAAAGAUGUGAUUCCUAAUGCAAAGUACUGUGAGCGACACAUGCACAGAGGCCGUUCAAGAAAGCGCGUGGAAACUUCUAACAGUCCUUUACAACUUAAUACACCUAAGAUCACUUAUCCCUGUUCUAGUACACCCACAAUUACUUUUUCAAGGAAGGCCAGUCAAAAGAUCAAGUCUCAUGACCAUGAUGAUGCAAUUACCAAAGUUUCCACCCCCGAUCCGGAAAAGCAGCAAAAAAAAAUCCCAUCUUCUAAUGAAAGCAAAGGUUUAACUUGUAGCACUACAGCUGUGGCCACUUUUUCUGCUAAUGGUAAAAGCAAAACUGCUGGCGAGUUUGUAGAGAAAGAUAAAUCUUCCAGCCGAGAGAAUAGUGACAGCCGUAAUGGUGUAAAUACUGGUUCCGGUGAUAAUAAAAAUAAGAAUGAUAAGGGAAACAGCACAAAUGGUGACAAGAAUGGUGGCCCUGUAACUCCAGAGCUUAGCAUCUCUGCAAAGAGUGUAGUUGACAGUGUUACUGUUAGCAGUUUCCAAGUGUACGAACACCGUGGUGUCACAGCAGACGAGACACAAAGAUGCAAAAGAACUGAUGGCAAAAGAUGGCGGUGUAGUAAAGAAGCUAUUCCUCAGCAGAAGUAUUGUGAUAGCCACAUGCAUAGAGGGUCGAAAAGAUGCAAGUCAUCCUCCAAAGCUGAGAUUGUUACUGCAGCCUCUGAGGCUCUUGCUUCAAUCUCAGCGGUGAAGUGUGCUCAACCAACUGUCGUCAAUCUAGACAGUUCUACUAGUGGCAGCAGCAGUGAUGCUGCCACCGUCACCGACACAGAUGAAAAUACCAGUGCCUCCCACAUCUUGCCUUUACCUUCUUAAAAGGUCUGUCCCGUGACAUCUGUUACUUCUGUUGUUUGAUUAGGAUAAUGUAGAGGUAGUGCGCUUUGGUACCAUGUUUAACAUAAAAUGAUAACUUAGUGACUAAUGGUAUUUUGAGGACUUAAAAAAUGCUAGUAGAGUCCAGUGAAGGUAUUAUAUUUUGUUGAUCUACUGUGCUUGUAUUAUAUUUGGUCAAUCUACUUGAAUUCUGCAACUGUUCUUCCUA